UCCAUAAACCUACUCGGAUCCACUUUACCCCGUCUAGAUUCGUACGGUGCAAGUGAACUCAAACACAAAAGAAAAAGACGAGAAAGAGAGAGAGAGACACUAUUCUUCUUGUCAAAUCCCUCUCGCAUUUUAAUCUGUAACGAUUUACUGUUUUCUUGUCAAGUCUAGAAUCGAAAAGAAUGUCUGGAUCUGAAGUCUGAAUCAUUGGGAAGAGGAAGCGUGUAGGUCAGGUUGCUGCUACUAUUACGUUGAAGAGAAGCAAGUAUAACUCAUUUAUUGAGAGAAAGCUCAAGUAUCGUUGUUAGUUUUGGGUGAGCAAUGGAGUCGCGGAUGGAUCAGUACGAGCUCAUGGAGCAGAUCGGGCGUGGUGCCUUUGGCGCCGCCAUUCUAGUUCAUCACAAGGCCGAGAGAAAGAAGUAUGUUCUGAAGAAGAUCAGAUUAGCUCGACAAACGGAACGUUGCCGGAGAUCUGCUCAUCAAGAAAUGUCUUUAAUUGCGAGGGUUCAGCAUCCUUACAUCGUCGAGUUUAAAGAAGCUUGGGUUGAGAAAGGUUGCUAUGUUUGUAUUGUCACUGGAUAUUGUGAAGGAGGAGACAUGGCCGAGUUGAUGAAAAAGUCCAACGGUGUGUACUUUCCUGAGGAGAAACUCUGCAAGUGGUUUACGCAACUGUUGUUAGCUGUUGAGUAUCUUCAUUCUAACUAUGUUCUACAUCGUGAUCUCAAGUGUUCCAACAUUUUCCUUACUAAAGAUGACGUCCGCCUUGGGGACUUUGGUCUGGCAAAAACUCUAAAGGCGGAUGACCUAACUUCCUCGGUCGUUGGAACUCCAAACUACAUGUGCCCGGAACUGCUUGCUGAUAUCCCUUAUGGUUUUAAAUCAGAUAUCUGGUCUCUAGGCUGUUGUAUAUACGAGAUGGCUGCAUUUCGGCCUGCUUUCAAAGCUUUUGAUAUGGCAGGGCUUAUAAGCAAGGUUAAUCGAUCCUCAAUUGGUCCGUUGCCUUCAUGCUAUUCUCCAUCUUUAAAAGCACUUAUCAAGGGGAUGCUAAGGAAGAACCCAGAGUAUCGGCCAAGCGCCUCCGAGAUUUUGAAGCAUCCUUAUUUGCAGCCAUACGUUGAGCAGUACCGUCCAGCCAUAAACGCAGCGUCUAUAACUCCAGAAAAGCCUCUCAAUUCUCGUGAGGGCCGGAGGAGUAUGGCUGAAAGCCAGAACAGCAAUAGCUCCAAUGAGAGAGAUAACUUCUACGUGAGUGACAAAAGUAACCGACCUGUGGGUCCAAGCAACGGUAAUAAAGUCGUUGAGACCGAUUCAGUUUCUGUCGAUGAAGAAGACAUUGUCGACCAUAUGCAGCAACAACAACCGGUUGAAAAUGAAAAUGUCCAGAGCGUUUCAGCAGCUAAAACAGAUAGUCAUGGCAUUCUAAAGCCCUCGCAGAGUGACCAACGGCCAGAGAUGAUUCAACCAAGGCACCCAAAAACUAUUAGGAACAUCAUGAUGGUUCUGAAAGAAGAGAAAGCUAGAGAAAAUGGUUCACCCUUGAGAACUCAAGUUAAUCGAGGGAGAACAUCUGGUGUUCCGACACAGAAGAACAAUACUGAAACUCCUUCAAAGAUUCCCAAACUCGGUGACAUUGCUCAUAGCUCCAAGACUAACGUAAAUACACCUUCAAAGCUUGCCUCUGAUUCUGCAAAGACUCCACCACCGAAGCAUCCACAAAUGCCAAUGAUCGACUCUACUUCCAAAAUUAAGCCUAGAAACGACAGAAUUCCUCUGGCUCCCGCGGCGAAACAGGAGCCGGAAGAGGCAAUGUCAGCUAAGCGAAGACAAAGGACACCUCCUACUUUACCAAGAAGAACGUCCUCAAGGCAAUUAGGAGCAGAUAAUCCAAAUUUGGUGGCUAAAGACACCACGAAGCUAUUAUAUCCAUGUCAGCCGUCAGAGCACGAAAAUAAUAUUCAUCAUCAACCUCGUGUCCAAGUGGAGCCAAAGAGAACCUCUGUCGGAUCUUCCAAAGGGGUCCAGAGUGAAAGCAGCAACUCCAUCUCGUCUUCUUUGUCCAUGCAAGCAUUUGAGCUCUGUGAUGAUGCUUCCACACCGUAUGUCCACAUGUCGGAACACACAACUCCUGAUGACCACAGACGAUCAUGUCAUAGUGAAUACUCGUCUUCAUUUCCGGAAAUCUCAUCAGAGAUGCUGAUCCGCAGAGAAGAACACAGCACCAGUAUGCGCCUUGCCGACACUGUUCGUGUUCCUGAUGUUCAGAACAACAUUUCCCAACACCAGCCAGGAGGAAGCUCUCCUCCUCCUGCGUCUAAGGAGAGUGGUAGCCCUCUAACGUUACAAAGCUACGAGCCAAACGCGUCAGGUGAUGAUAAAUUCACAGUCAAAGAAUUCGUCUCACCAGUGCCUUCGGAUAACAAAACCACAGGCGUUGUCUCUCAGAACUCAACUCUCGAGAGGAGCAACAAUCCUUCGGUGGUUGAUGAUGUCAUACAUGUAAUCCGGCACAGCAGUUUCCGAGUAGGGAGUAGUGACCAGCCGGUCAUGGAGAGUGUUGAAGUGGGUGUCCAGAACGUUGACGUUGGGAAACUCAUUAACGUUGUGAGAGAUGAGCUUGAAGUGAGGAAAGUAGCCACUCCCUCCUCUGAUGCCAACUCAGAGCCUCCUCCUGCUGAAGAGCCAGAUCCUAUCACUAACUAUUCAGAAACCAAGAGCUUUAACUCCUGCUCUGAUUUUUCACCACCUGAGACUAGACCAAACUCAUUCAUGCCUGAAGAGGAAACUACUCCGGUUCCAGCUGUCAAAGAGACGUUGGACAUCAAGUCUUUCAGACAGAGAGCAGAGGCCCUUGAAGGUCUCUUGGAACUAUCUGCCGAUUUGCUGGAGCAGAGUAGACUCGAAGAGCUAGCCAUCGUGUUGCAGCCCUUUGGUAAGAACAAAGUUUCGCCUAGAGAAACUGCUAUUUGGUUGGCAAAGAGCUUAAAAGGAAUGAUGAUCGAUGACAUCAAUCAUAACAACUGUGGUAUUUCCAGGAAUUGCCCAUGAAGGUACGAUUGUAUUAUACCACCAUCUUCAACCAAAACUCUCUGUUCUGUUACCUUUUUUUUUUUUUUCCUGUAACGUUUAAAUUUGCACAAAGCAAUAAUUCCUUCUUUUAUUAAAAAAAAAAAGAGAAAAGAAUCUAUUAUAAACCAUAUUUUUUU